GCCUUGCCUAAUAUUAAACGUGACGUUCACCCAAUUAAACGAGACGCUGAACCAGAACCAGAACCAGCCUAUCCGACCAUUAAACGAGACGCUGAACCAGAACCAGCGUAUCCUACCACUAAACGAGACGCUGAACCAGAACCAGAACCAGCCUAUCCUACCAUUAAAC